AUGGAGGACAUCGCCCAGCACUUUGGGCUUGGAGCCAGCGGCCACGGCCACCAGCACCAUCACAACCAGCUCCCAUGGGGGUCUUCGCCGCUCAGCGCCGUCGUCGCACCACCUCCGCCGCCGCCGCAGCAGCAGCAACAGUCUGGCGGCUAUCUGGCGCACAGCCCGCUCUCCCUGAACACGGCGCCGUCCGGUGGAAACCACGGCGGCGGCGGAAACCCGGUGCUGCAGCUGGCCAACGGCAGCCUCCUGGAGGCGUGCGCAAAGGCGGCUAAGGAGCCGUCGUCGUCGUCGUCCUACGGCGUCGACGUGGACGCCAUCAAGGCCAAGAUCAUCUCCCACCCCCACUACUCAUCCCUCCUCGCCGCCUACCUCGAUUGCCAAAAGGUGGGGGCGCCGCCGGAUGUGUCGGCGAGGCUGACAGCGGUGGCGCAGGACCUGGAGCUGAGGCAGCGCACGGCGCUCGGCAACCUCGGCGCCGCGACGGAGCCCGAGCUGGAUCAGUUCAUGGAGGCGUACCAUGAGAUGUUGGUCAAGUACCGGGAGGAGCUGACCAGGCCGCUGCAGGAAGCAAUGGAGUUCCUGAGGAGGGUGGAGACACAGGUCAACUCGCUCUCCAUCUCCGGCAGAUCGCUGCGUAUCCUGUCCUCCGGCUCUUCUGAGGAAGAUCAAGAAGGCAGUGGAGGAGAGACAGAGCUUCCUGAGAUUGAUGCCCAUGGCGUGGACCAGGAACUCAAGCACCAUCUCCUGAAGAAGUACAGUGGGUAUCUGAGCUCCCUCAAGCAAGAGCUGUCAAAGAAGAAGAAGAAAGGGAAGCUUCCCAAGGAUGCUCGCCAGCAGCUCCUUAGCUGGUGGGAGAUGCACUACAAAUGGCCUUACCCCUCGGAGAGCCAGAAGGUGAUGUUGGCCGAGUCAACGGGCCUCGACCUCAAGCAGAUCAACAACUGGUUCAUUAACCAAAGGAAGCGCCACUGGAAGCCAUCCGACGAGCUGCAGUUCGUGAUGAUGGACAGCUACCACCCACAUAACGCCGCCUUCUACAUGGACGGCCACUUCGUCAAUGAUGGUGGCCUCUACAGGCUUGGGUAA